CGCGCCUGCGCACGGCGGUGCCGUGAAUGCGCGGGAAAGAGGUGGAGCGCGCGCGCAGAUCCAGGCAGACCUACCCAGUUCCUGAUAAGGACAGAGGGACCUUGACAACUUCUGUGGCCCAGAUUUCUCAAAGGAGGGAUAAAAUGACCAAGAGGAAAAAGCUUCGGACUUCAGGUGGAGAAGGAAUCCGUCCUCCAAAACUCCCAAAGAACCCAAGGCUAGGAGACUCUGGCAGGCCCCCCCAGAGUUCUGAGUGGGGCUGUUUGUGUCUCCCUGAAGCGUCAGAAGGCAGAUCAGGACCUGUUCCCUCUGCCGAACAGAGGACAGAGGAACCAGUACAGGCAGCCUCCAGCUCCCCUGCUGAGGAAGCACAAGCUCCCGCCAGUCUCCUCGGGGAACCAGAAAAGGAGCCAGCACCCCUUCCUCUUUCCCAGAAUUCAGCCAGGAGGUUUGUCCCCCAGUUUGCAAAGUCCAGGAAGACAGUGACAAGACCAGCAGAGUUGAGGGAAGAGGACCUCAGGAGUAGAACCCCUAAAAUCAGCCAGGAAACACCGCCAGGGCCCGGUAGCCAACAGGCCAGAAGCCGACUGCAAGAGGAGUCACUAGGGCUUGCUUCCUGGGAGGCCAGGGAGCUGGGAGCCCAGACCCAGGUAGACAGCACUCACGCUGAACACAGAGACCAAAACCCCAUGACACCUGUGCCUGGAAGUGGGGAUUCUCCGCCCUCGGCUUCCACCAAUGUCUCUCCAGAACGGGGGAUGGUACCCUUGGCCUCAGAGAGGGCCAGCCAGGACCACCUGUCGGAGCAAGGAACCAACACACCGGAUGGUGAAAGCAGGAAGGGAUGUUGGGUUCUAGGCUAUCAUGGCCAGAAAGGGCUCCUGCUGAGCAGUGAUGCUGAAGAGAAGGAGCCAGACCGAGGAAGCCUCCAGGAAGCAGGUGUCCAAGGGGGAGCAGAGGCUGACCUGCCUGAGGGGCACAGAGGAAAAGGAGACCGUGUCCUGGGUCCCUCCUCCACUCAGGGCCCAGAGCCCGGAUCUGCAGACCAGGCCCUCUCUGACCCCAUGCAGAUACCCAGCAAGACUAGCAGGGAAGCAGAACAGAGCUGUAGUGGCCCAAGUCAUUCCUCCCUUGGGACCGUUGUCAUCACAGACAGGAGGACAGACCCCACUGAGCCAGAACGGAGGGCUCCAGAGGUGGCCAAGCCAGAUGAACAGGCCAACACCAGGGCACCUUCCUCUCCCAGUGGGAAGGCCCCUGAUGGAGGCCACAGUGGGGUCCUGCUCAGCUGCACACUUCUCACUGGGGAGACAGGAGGCAGAAGGGAGGCAAGAUGGGAAGACAAGCCCCCUGGCAACAUCCUGGGGGGCCCUUUAGGCUCCCUGGCUCUGGAUCGCAGGAUAAAAGAGCCCAUAGUAGGUGCUGGAGAUUCCAGUCUUCUAGCCUCAGAAGUGGGCCCACCUGUUGAUCAAACAAGGGCGCCUGGCCUGGAUGAAGAGGGACUGGGGGGGAUAUGUGCACUGCCUUUGCUGUUGCAGCCUGAAGGUGAAAAAGCAACUGAGUUAAGGAGCCAGAGCCCUAAAGAAGACCUUGACUGGUUCAAUCUGUCUCUUGGAGCCUUUGCUCCUCCAGUGCACAGAGAAGCAGUGGGUGGCCCUUCCCAGGAGACCAGGGCCUGCCACGACCACCCAGAUGCCCCUGAAGAUCCCACAGGCUGGUCUGAACCCCCUCCUGGCUCUGCAGACCAGGCUCUCUUGGGGGAGUCUCCAGCCAUGGAACCUCACUUCCUGCCAGACAGCCAGAUACGGGAUGCCCUAGAAGUCCCUGACCUUGCAGCCUCACCUGAGCAGAUACUGCAGGAUGAGCAGGAGACAGUGCUACACCUCAGCCAUCAGAGACAGAGCCAACUGCCAGCACAGAUCAGCCCUUCAGAAAGCACAGGCCCAGCAGGGGACACCAAGUUGUUUCCUCUGGGGAGCAGGCUGGACUCUCGUUGGCCUGGCACAAGCCUACAUGCUGAUGGAGGCCCCCUCACUGACUUCCAGCUGAGGACAUGUGUAGGGAUCAAAGCUUGCGAAGCUGCCAGGAUGGAGGACGCAACAGACACCGUGCGUGGCCUUGUCGUUGAGCUCUCCAACCUGAAGAGCUGAGGCCUUUCGCAUCUGUAAUAACUGCUGCCACGUAAACUCAAACUACACCAAGCCUGCGGCCUGCCUGGUCCCUGGCCUUCCUGCCUGGCUGGGAGCUCGUUAGAAAUGCAGGUGCUCAGGCCCCACCCAGACCUGCAGAAAUGGAAUCCACGUUUGAUGAUCGCUAUGGGGUGACCCAUGGGGUGAGCCAGGCAGUGUGGGGCCAGUUUAGACCUCAGGGAGGCUUCAGCCAAAGCUUUCAUAAACUUAUGCCCCCGCUGCCCUCCUGAGCUGAUCCACACACAACCUGACGUUUCCCUGGAUGCUGGGUCUCUCCCUCCUUGCUACCUUGACACCUUUGCCUGGAGGACCAGCCUCCUUCCUGCCUUCUAACACUCUGAAAUCUGUCCCGACAGUCCAGUCUACCACGGUCUAACAUACUGUUAACAUGCAGACCUGGUCUUGCCCCUUCCGUGGCUCCCUAGUACCCAAGUCCAAGAUUUAUAAGGCUUUUGUGCUGUUCCCCCAAGUCUCUGACACCUCUUCCACCAUACAUGCACACACAUUCUGUCCCAGAUACAUUAACUUCACUGGGUUCCUGAACGAGUUCCAAUGCCUGGGCCACACUUCUCAGCACUCCAUCAAACUGAAUUAGACUUUCAAAAGUCACUUCCCCCAGGAAGCCCUCCUGGACCCCUCCAUCCGGAUCCAGGUGCUUCCUCCAGACUCUCCCAUUCAGCAGUCAUCACACUCUCUGAAAUGCCGCUCUCCCAUCUACAUUUUCACAUCGCUGACCCAGCCCAGCACUCAGCACAAAACAGACACCCAAGCUACUUGGCGCAAGAGUGAACAAAGGAGGAGCAUGAAGAAGCCAGGGUUCAGAGACGCUGAGCACUUCUCUCAGGCCACACAGCUCCUAACUGCCAAGCAGGGCUGGAGCCCCUGCUAUACCUAACUGCAGAUCCCACUACUAGUCCCCACAGCCUCCGCGACAGAUCACCCCAUGCCUGGAAAACAAGGCGUUUCCCACAUGGGCCCGAAGAGGGAGAGUCUCGCCCAGGCCACAAGUUAAUCCCAGCCCCAGUUUACUCACAUUGGGCAACACUUCUAGAAUAUCGUUCUGAAGUUUCUACACAGAUCGUCUCCCCCCGCCCCUCUAAAGUGGGUG